AUGCAACUCCACCAGGGUUUGAGGACAUUGGCUGGGACAUCUGCACUCACUGCUUUGCUGCUGGCCACGUAUGUGUCGUACUGCUACAGCGCACCAAAGAACUUCCAGAGGAGGAACUGGACUCCACAGGCCAUGCUCUACCUUAAAGGCACCCAGGGGCGUCGCUUUGUGUCUGAGGACCAUAAAGAAGGAGACGUCUACGACACACUACAUUUAGAAACUCGCAGUCAGAAUACAGAAAACCUGAGUGUGGACGAAGCCACCAGCCUCUUGCUCAACUUCCUGCAGCAGACCCGCGGAGGAAUGGAGGACAUACCCGCUGAGGUCUACCUGCAGGAGCUCCCACUUUGGAAGAGACAGUACUUCUGACUGACCCUACCC